GCAAUACGCAAAUGUCGCGAAUGCGGGAUGAAACGCCAAAGACCAAGGUUUGACUGCGCCUAGCGGUUAGUGUAUUCUCGCGCCGUUAUUUUCAGCAUUGCAGAGGAGCCGAGAAGACGCGAGUAAAGGAUGGCAGGAUUUCAGCUCGACGAUCUUCUCAAAGACGAUAAGAAGGACUCGAACCUCAUUCCGGAUUUGAGCAAGGCCACGUGCGACUCGCAGGAAGAGUUCCGUCGACUCAUGGAGUGCUGCCCCGAAUUCAAAAUCAAGCCCGAGAAAUUAAAGCGAGAUGAUAUUAAGGUGCGAGAUAAAAAUUUUACAUGGAAGACAACGAAAAAGGAGCUUCGCGCGCUUAGAAAGGAGUGGAAUUACGGGAAUCCAAUUCCACCGGAUAUGCGAAUGCUGAACAUUCAAGAGCUGCAGCAGGUCGCCAUUGAUUGGAGAAUGCUGACUUCUUUGCGACCGAAGCUCCGACAAGACGAGGAAAUGUUUUCUCGACUGGUGGAAAUGGGCAAGCUGCAGCUGAAGACACGGGAGUUCGAGCAACGCAACUUCGUGAAUCCGAUACGCCGGGCGAAGAACCGCGCGGGUAUAAUCGAGAGUAGCGUCCAAAUAUGCGGCGACUGCGGGGAGGAAUUUUGCAACGGGGAGUCCUGCGGCGACAUCCUCUAUGACUCCUACAUACGCGUCACCGUCAAGCCUAGCGAAGCCAAGGUCAGACUGAGCGCCAACGCAGCGGCCAUAAUCGCGGGCAUCGACUCCGGGAAGGCGAAACCUGGUGAGGACAAUGGACCUCGAUCGAAGACGUAUCGUACCCCGAGUCGUUUAUUAUCAGCUCGAGCUCUCGCUUGGGCUGCAACGAUUGCUCCUUGAAAUGUCGAGAAGAUUUUACAUUCAUCUAAUUCAACGCGAAAUUGUGUCCUUACAUUAGAAUAGUAUUAAUGUCGG